CAAGCUGCUCAGCGGUGUGUUUCAUUUAUAUCGUACUCCACUUCAUUUUGUGUAUACAAAUUUUCAUUAAAUCAGCGAAUUUCUUGUAUGAAACAGUGCGGAGAAAUUUCUCAUUGUUCAGUUGAGUCAGUGUAUUUGUGAUAAUUUAGUCAUUUGGAUUGCAUCUUUUGUAUUUAUUUCUUCUAUUUUUGUGCAGUAAAAUUGUAGAGGUCUUUUUUGUUGUAGUUGUUGUUUGCAUUUUAUCAUUUAAAUUAAGACCACUCCCCAGUGUUGGUGUUUGAUAAGUCGAAAAAAAUACACAAGACAGUCGAGCGAGUAAAUAACUGAGGAAAUCAGUACUUUCUAUCUACUUGAAUAAACUUGUUGGUUUGGAGAUAACGAAAAUGGAGCAAUUUUGGAAAGCAAGCGCUGGCCAUAAUGUGCCACAACAAAAUAAUGCCGACGAUGAUGAUUGGGAAACCGAUCCGGAUUUUGUAAACGAUGUCACCGAAGAAGAACAACGCUGGGGAGCAAAAACGAUCGCUGGCAGCGGUCGAACCGCUGGUGCAAUAGAUAUGACUCAAUUGCGUAGUGAAACUGAAAAGGCUGACGCCGAUAAAAAGAAGAAAGAAAUCGAAAUAAAAAACCCUGGCCAUGGUUAUGGUGGAAAAUUUGGCAUUGAAAAAGAUCGUAUGGAUAAAUCAGCGGUCGGGCAUGAGUACAUAGGCAAAGUUGAAAAACACAGUUCACAAAAAGACUAUGCAACUGGAUUUGGUGGAAAAUUUGGAGUCCAAAGUGAUCGCGUCGAUAAAUCGGCUGUCGGUUGGGAUCACAUUGAAAAAGUUGAAAAACAUGAAUCACAAAAGGAUUAUAGCAAAGGUUUUGGUGGAAAGUUCGGCGUUCAAGAAGAUAGAAAAGAUAAAUCAGCAGCGGGGUGGGAUUACGUUGAGAAGACAGAGAAACAUGGCAGUCAAGUUGACCAUAAAAUCGGUUUCGGUGGAAAGUUUGGCGUGCAAAACGAUAGAAUGGAUAAAUCAGCGUUGACCUUCCAAGAGAAUCCAGACAAAACAGGAACCAAUUAUACAAAAGUCAAGCCUGAUAUCGGAUCAGCAAAACCAUCGAACUUACGUGCUAGAUUUGAAAAUUUUGCGAAAGAAAAAGAAGAAGAAGAUUUAAAGCGAGCGGCCGAACAAAAGCGAUUGCGCGAAGAGAAAGAUCGUUCGGAUCGUGAACAAGCAUUGAAUAGUCAACAAAAUGGCAACGAAAAAAGUGAUUCGGAAAGACAACAACAGCCAAGAACACCGAUUGAAACCGGCCGUUCGGGUAGUAUUGGAAAUGCAAUAAAUAUGUUCAACAAAGCUGAAGAUUUACCAAUUGCACCCACUCGGAAAGAACCAAUUAAAAUCCCACGCGAAGCUGCACUUCCAAAAGAACCCGAGCCAGAGCCCAUAGUUGAGCCUGAGCCCGCUCCGGUACAACCGGCUCAAGUACAAACACCAAAUUUGGUAAGUCAACAGCCAGACGUGAUUCCAACACAACGAGAAUCGGUUCAAUCCGAAAACUUCGAAGCAUUAGCUCCGCCAGAGGAAUUUGGCAAUCAAAAUGGUACAAAUGUCGAAAAUGUACCUGAAAUCGUACAAGAUGUGCCCAGCCAAGCGAUUGCCAAUGAGCAAAUUUAUUCAAACAUCGAUUUCAUACAACAAGAACAACAGGCCAAUGCGAAUCAAGCACAACCCGAUGCCGAACAAGUUAAUGCAACCGCACUGGCCGGCAGCGAAGACUGCGAUUUAUCCGAGUACAUCGAAGAUACAAAAGUUCAGGCUAUCGCAUUGUAUGACUAUCAAGCAUCAGCCGAGGAUGAAAUUUCAUUUGAUCCAAACGACGUUAUUACGCAUAUCGAAAAGAUCGAUCAAGGAUGGUGGAGAGGUCUGUGCAAAAAUCGUUAUGGUCUAUUCCCAGCAAAUUAUGUCCAAAUUGUAGAAUAACAUCUUAAUCAAUUCAAUUUACAUCAACAAAGCAAUAGGAAUUUUAUGCAAUUGCAUUUACAUGUUCAAUAAAACUAAACUUUUGAUUUUAAGCGUCAUUUUAACGACGUGGAUAUGCCAGACAUUCCAUGUAUUUUGCAGAGAAUUGAUCAAAGAUUGUCUAUUGAAUUGAUAAUGGUUCUUAUUUUUCAUAUGCUCAUCAAAUGAAUAUGUUUAACUGAAAUUUAGAAAUGUUUUAGGUAAUUGUAUUGUAAUGAAUUGAAAUAUACAAGAUACAUUUAUAUAUUCGCAAAAUAA